AUAUGCUAUCGCCGAUACAUCGUUAUUACAUUGACAACUCCAUCUCCUCGUGACUAACCUAGCAAGUGAUUGUCCUCAUAGUAAUAUUAAUGACAUGAAUUACAAUACCCGCCGCGCCGGUUUAGCUCGCUCUCCUGUAGUCGAGACGCUUGAAGUGUUGCCUGGGUUACCUCCAGCCUGCACCACAUGAAACCACGAGACUUAUAAAAGGUGAGGCUGCCGGAUGGGCUGAUCCACAGAGCGCUGGGACUGGCGCAGGGAACGGAGCACAGCUGCUGGAGAGAUGUUGCUGUUUCCAAACAAACUCUUAAUAACGAUGCACAAAGUGACUUCCAAACAACUGUAGCAUGAUUUAUUUACACGGACAACACCACUCAGCAGACUCCUGAAAAAGACUCAUCACACAGGUGGAAGUUAGCGUCUAAAAGUACCACACCUGUCGCGCAUUGCAUUCUCCUAAUUCAGUCACAGGAGCCCUGGCAGAGCGGUGCGAUACAAGCAUAGCUGAGCUGCGAUGGAGCGCCCCAACAUCUCAUCGCUUCUUAAAACCAGCGCGGUGUUGCUCGUCAGCCUAAUCGCAGGCUUGCUUCUGACGGGCCGUCACAUCGCAGACUUUGUCCCGGUAGACGGAGCAGCCCUCUCCCGACCCGCUCUGUGCGUCCUGUCCGCUCUGCUUCUGUUUGCCUUGGUUUGGCUCUACAGACUGUUCUGUGUCCCGAUGGAGCUGCUCCGGGGCGCUGAUGACGCCGGCUACAUCACCCAAACGGGUCGGACCCGAGCCCAAGUUGCCAAUGAGGUGCGGCGGCGGAGGAAGACCGGGGACCUGCCGCCUGUGUAUCCGAACGGCUGGUACCGAGUGCUGGACUCGCACAUGCUGGCCCGCGGCGAGGUGAAGAACGUCACGAUGCUGGGGGAGCAGGUGGCAGUGUUCCGUGGCGAGGACGGACAGGCUCACGUGGUCGACGCCUACUGCCCUCACCUGGGGGCCAACCUGGCGGUGGGGGGGCGUGUGGUGGGGGGGUGCAUCGAGUGCCCCUUCCACGGCUGGCAGUUCCGCGGGGAGGAUGGCAAGUGCGUGCGCAUCCCCUACGCUGAGAGAGUGCCGGAGUUUGCACAGAUCAAGCCGUGGCCGAGCUGUGAGCUCAACGGGAUGGUGUUGGUGUGGUACCACUGCGAUGGCAUGGACCCCACGUGGCAGAUCCCAGAGCAGGAGGAGAUCACUCUGAAAAAGUGGAUCUACCGAGGGAGGACCGAACACUUCAUCAACUCUCACAUCCAGGAGAUCCCGGAGAACGCUGCAGACAUUGCACACCUGUCUCACCUGCACACUCCGAGCAUCCUGAGCGGAGUCGACCUGCGAUACACCAACAGCAAGGUCUGGGACUUCGUCCGCCACCAUUGGGAGGUGGCGUGGAGUCCAGAGCCGGAGCCCCACAAGCACUGCUCUCGGAUGCUGGUGAAACACGGGCUCACCAUCUUCAGGAGGCGCUUCCCUCUGCUGGACAUGGACGUCGUCGCCAGACAGGUUGGCCCAGGCGUGGUGUUCAUGACUUUUGACCUUUCCUUCCUGGGUCGCGGGCUUAUCGUGCAAUGUGUGACCCCCGUGGAGCCCCUGCUACAGUGUGUGUCUCACAGCAUCUUCUACCAGGCAAACGUCCCUGCCAUCGUGCCCAAGUUCAUCCUGCGAGCAGAGUGCAUACAGUUCGAGCGGGAUCUGAUGAUCUGGAACUAUAAGAAGUACGUGUCCAAGCCGCUGCUGGUGAAGGAGGACUCUGCCAUUCAGAGACACCGCCGCUGGUUCAGUCAGUUCUACAGUGAGAACAGCCCUCGCCUGAGCUUCCAGCAGGACCAGCUCGACUGGUGAGGCCCCGGCAUGCCAGAGAGAGGCACAUGCACUGGAACAUCCUGAGGCAUUGCUGGGAGUGUGGGCGCUGUAAGCGAGGGCGCAGUGAAAGGGUUAGGGGUGAAGCAGCGGCUUCUCCGGGUAUCGCCUGCAUUCGUCUCCAAUGUUCCUCCACUGCUGCUCUUUUUGCCACUGUGAUUGUGCAUUAGGGAUGUUGCAUUGUGUUAUGGUGAGGAUUAUUUUGGUGUGUGAGUCUGUAUAUAUUAACAAUAAUCCAAUGAGGUUAAUACAGUCGACAUAGUUUGUGUGAAAUCAUUUGGACAAUGUUGUUUUAAAAAGAAAAAAAAAAUGUUUUCAGAAUAUUUUUGUAACUAUAAGUUGUUAAAAAUAAUGUUGUAUUUUAAAAUAUAGACUCUAAAAUAAAUGUAACUCUACAAUUA